GUCUCAACUCUCAAGACCCCAGAAAGGCUUAAUACUCAUCUCUCUCUCUCUCUCUAACAGAGGACUAUGGCGAUUGCAAAAGCAUUCAAUCAGGCACUGAGGUUUCUUCCUAUGGCCAUGGCCAUUUUACUAUGUUUUGCUGCUUGUGCAGAGUCAAGGGUAGUUGCAAAAGAAAGAAAGCUGGGGAAACAGAUUAAUACAUGGUGCAUAGCUAAACCUUCCACUAAUGAGAUGAAGCUCCAGGACAACAUUGAUUAUAGUUGCAAACAGGUUGGGAUUGAUUGCAGCCUAAUUGCAGAAAAUGGAAUUUGCUACAAACCUAUCAACCUUGUUUCUCAUGCUUCAGUAGCCAUGAACCUCUAUUAUAAAGCUGUGGGGAAGCACCAUUGGAACUGUUAUUUCAAUGGAACUGGUUUAACUGUUACUCAGGACCCUUCUGUAGGUUCUUGUAUGUACCCACUUUAAGGAUGGGGGAGAGUUUUAAUAAAGGAAUGAGCUCAAAGGAUGAAUGCCAUAUUUGGAUAUCUAUAACUGGAAUUACUUCAUUAUCCAUUUAUCUUUUGCACUAAAAUCAGAACAUGAAUAAAAGUUCUUUGUUGGAUUUGAA